AAAAAAAAAAAAACAACAACAACAACAUGUGCAUGUUUUCCAGGCGAUUAACAAUUAAUUGUUAUUAUUAUGUAUUUAUUUAUUUAUUAUUGGUAUUAGUAAUAUUAUUUUGGGGUGUCGCAAAUUUAAUUACACUAUGUUUUCUCAUAUAGUCCCAGUGGCUGUAGCAGUUUUAUUAAUGUUACCAGGCCACUGAACACUCCAUCUCUUUUUCAUGUUAUAUUAAUGUAAACAAACACACGUGGGCUAAGGGACCGAAUCACACCCAUUUCUGUGCAUUGUCCACAAAUGCUGCAUGACUUCAAGGUGCUGUGGGGGACAGUAUGCAGUAUCCAAUGAAAACAAAGUGCACAAACAGAGUGAUGAUCAACAUAAAUACAAAAAUUCAAGAUUUAAAUAAAAACAGUGUAAGGAACUGUGCAAAAAUACAAAUAUCACAGAUAGAUACUGACUUUUACUCAAAAUUUCAAUUGUGCUGUAUUGGCCAUUCUCAAAGAGAAUGUUACAACUCUGCACCACGGCGAGGUUAUAGCACGCGCAGGGGCUACCUCAAGUAAGGUCUGGUCACUGAUCGAUCGCAGCAGUCAAUUCGAUGUGUUGUGUUGCCUGCUCUUCUAGUCUGUGUUCCCAAAAUUACAACUACAGGUUCAUCAGAAAUAAUUGUAUCACCAUCUGAAGUGCAUCAGAUCACUCCCUGAACAUUAGCUCUAUAUGGGCGUACAACUGUGCGUUAUGCAGUGGGCAAUGUAAGUCCUGUGAUUCAGGUUGGUAUGGAGAAAACUGUACAGAAAGAUGUAUAAACUGUGAACUGGAUGGCUGUAAUAUAACAACCGGCAUUUGUUUUCAAUGUAACAGUUAUUAUUGUGGAACAAACUGCACGGAAACUUGUCCGAAGACUUGUUCCAGGAGCCGUACGAAAAGAAGUGUAUGUCACCGUGACACUCGGCAGUGUUUGAGUGGCUGUCAAAAAGGGAUGUGGGGUGAUCGCUGCGACAUCCCAUGCAGCAAAGGAUGUUGGAAUCGUGAAUGUCAUUUUGAUGGCACCUGUCACUGCAUACCUGGAUACACUGGUUCACAAUGUAUAGCACUGCGAAUGGAUGAAGAAUUACCUGCAGCCGAUCCAAGAAGUACAACAAGUACAACAAGUGCAACUGAAAACUAUAAUGGACUGAAUACACAUCAAGAUGGUGUUUCCGAACUACCUUUGAUUGUACUUCUUGGUAGUACAGUUAUCUUGAUUUUGAUAACGACGGCGCUGUCAUUUCUGUUAAAGAAGUUUGGUUUUUCCCAGCGUCAGCAAUCUGGACCUCAUGAAACUCACGAACGGCCAGCAAUACAAGAGGGACUAAUAAGGAUGAAUGAUAUCAAUGAAAAUCAAGACGAACGUCGAAACGAAUCCACUCAACGUUCCCUGAUUUUUUUGUUGUGAUCAUCAACACGGAACUAGGAUAUAUCAUCAUAAUUACAAACGAUCAAGCACGAACCUUUCACGUCACUUGUGGGGUGUUUUAAACAAAUUUAGCCCUUAGUCAGCGCUUAUCUUACUGGGGACUUUUGUUUUAGUCAAUUUUCGAAAGUAUAAUAAAUACAAUUGAAAAAUAAUUGGAAAGAUUUAUGCCACAACAAUUCUGGUUAGGUAUUAGCUUUAGUUCUGUGUAAAGACAUCUUCAACGAAGAGGCGACCAUCGUAAUCAUUCAGAAAACCUCGGCGUUUAGUCUCUACAUGUCCGAGCCUGUCCUAGCAGCACUGGAAGAUUGACCGCCCCACUCUAAGAAGAAAUCGGAAACGGGGUCGGCCCCUACUACUCUUUUCUAGACUUUACUUUGCUU